AAAGUGGACUUUAAGGGGUGGUGGGCUCUGAACAUCAAUGUGCUGUGCCGUCUGCUUCAAGGGCUGGUAGGUGCGUGUGGGAUCUCUGUGCUCGGCUCCCUUCUGAGAGUGCAUUCGUAUGUUGAGGAGGCAAGUUGGAGUGACAAAGAUGCAUCUAGUCAGAGGAGGGUUCGUCCUGGACUGGCGGGGAUGCUCCGCUUUGUCUUUGUGGCCGGGAUGCUGGCUGCUGUAAGUUCUCGUGUGGCCUCCCUGGUGGUGCUGGAAUUUUGUCUUCGAGCUGUCUCUGGAUGGGUUACACAGGGACCGGAGUCUCCGAAAGCGCUGCGGCGCCGUUUGGUUCAAAGCCAGUUCUCCCUGGGAUGUGCCCUCAGCUGCACGCUGCACUUCCUCCAUGAAGGGGCGCCGCGUUGCUGCCUGUGUUUGCUCCUGGCCGCAGCACUCAGCUGCUGGCUGGCCAGGCGGGCCGCGGCCUUGCAGCGGCACGUCGCCGCUCUGUACGGACUGCACAGCUCGCAGCGCUACUGCGGAAUUUGCAUCAGCCUGCUGGCGUUUGGCCGCGGCCCUCUGCUGCCGUCCGCGUUGUGUAAGGCACUCAUCGUCGCCUUCGCCAUGGCUGUGACGGCGGCGGUAGCGAUCAUCAAUCAGCACUUCCUGUCUGGGAUGGAAGCGCUUAGGUUUUGGACACCGCUGACGAUCUGCUACACUCUGCUGGUGGUGUACAUGCAGGACGAGCAGCCAGCAAGCCAGGCACCCCUGAACCCUGCGGCGACGCGUCUCGGUGCGUUGUCGCUCCUGCUGCUGACUGUUGGACGCUGGGCUGAUGUGCUCCACGUUUUCUUUUGUUUCCUGGGUGAGGUCAGCUGCCUGAUCCCCACGAUGGAUCUGCUGGAUGUGACCUCCUCGUAGGUCGGUGAUCCUCACCUCAAAAGCUCCCCAAAAGGGUAUGAACACACUGGGAAAUAAUGAUCUUCAUAUUGAAGAUGUGCAAAUGUGUUUCUAGGGAUGGACAUAAUGGCUGAAUGGAUUUUUUUUAAAAUGUUGUUGGCACAAUGGAGUGCGCUACUUGGAUGCAAUCAGCAGAGGUGCUGUGUAUUUGAUCUCAAAUGAUUUGUGGUCCUAAGAAGAUCGUGACUUCUUUUGGAAGUUGAGGUACAUCCAAGCAUACCUCCCUCAUGUCCAGAAUACAGCCAUGAAAACAGGAGUUCAGAACGUGUGGAUUCUCCCAUCCUGUUCACAAUAUUCUAGAACAAAACUAAGUGACUGAGGGAAUUUUUGUAAAAUGCCGUGUUAGUAAUAUCUCUUGAUUGUAGUCUGAGUAAUUCAAAUGUGUAAAUGGUUGAUCAGAAACUUUUAUUAUUCAAUUGUAUACUGUACAUCUUAUUUUAUGUGGACAGGUUGAAAAGUAUUAAGAGUAUGUUUAAAAAAACAAAAACAAAAAAAAGCACUAAAGACAACCAAGAGACGAAGAGAUGAGCAUCAGAUGUAAUGAUUUCCAUUUGUCGUUAAUCACGUUAACCCUACUGAAGGCCCUUCAGGUAAAGCUUCUGUAGAGUGAAGGCUUGCAUGUGUCAAGCAGACCAGGAGAAGCUCAUCCAUGCUUUUAUCUCAAGUAGACUUGACUAUUGUAAUGGUCUUCUGACUGGACUCCCUAAAAAGAGCAUUAAACAGCUGCAGCUCAUUCAGAAUGCUGCGGCUUGGGUUCUGACCAGAACAAAGAGGAAGUCUUUACACUUUGUUUUAAAUGUUUAUAAGCUGUUUUCUCUUUGUUUUAAAUGCUUUUAAUCAUGUAAAGCACAAUGAGUGACCUUGUGUAUUAAAUGCGCUAUAUAAAUACA